CAGUAGUUCGCUGCCGUCUCGGGCGCGCCGGCUGGUUCGGUAGCCAUGCAGCGGGGCGGGGGGAGCGCGGCGCGUUCGCAGGCGUUCCGGUUGCCAGGGAGACAUGGCUACGCGGUGGAAUUUUCGCCCUACCUGGCGGGGCGCGUGGCGUGCGCCACCUCGCAGCACUACGGCAUCGCAGGUUGUGGGACGCUAGCAGUGCUAGAACAAAAUGAAACUGGGAUUGGUCUUCUCAGAAGUUUUGACUGGAGUGAUGGCCUGUUUGAUGUGACAUGGAGUGAGAACAAUGAACAUGUGCUGGUCACUUCUAGUGGGGAUGGAUCUCUGCAAAUCUGGGACACGGCUAAACCUACAGGUCCACUGCAAGUGUAUAAAGAACACACUCAGGAGGCUUAUAGUGUUCACUGGAGCCAAACCAGAGGAGAGCAGUUAGUGGUGUCUGGUUCAUGGGAUCAAACAGCCAAACUGUGGGACCCAGCUGUGGGGAAGUCAUUAUGCACUUUUAAAGGCCAUGAAGGGGUCAUUUACAGCACUAUAUGGUCUCCACACAUCCCAGGUUGUUUUGCAUCUGCCUCAGGUGAUCAGACUUUAAGAGUUUGGGAUGUGAAAACACCAGGAGUCAAAGUAGUGAUUCCAGCACACCAGGCUGAGAUCCUGAGCUGUGACUGGUGCAAGUAUGAUGAGAACUUGCUGGUAACCGGAGCAGUUGACUGUAGUUUGAAAGGUUGGGAUUUGAGGAACGUCAGGCAUCCAGUGUUCAACCUCUUUGGCCAUACAUAUGCUGUUAGAAGAGUAAAAUUUUCACCAUUUCAUUCAACUUUAUUGGCCUCCUGCUCCUAUGAUUUUACUGUGAGAUUCUGGGACUUUUCCAAGCCUAACCCCUUGUUAGAAAUUGUGGAGCAUCACACAGAGUUUACAUGUGGACUAGACUUAAGCCUUCACAACCGUGGUCAGGUGGCAGACUGUGCUUGGGAUGAAACAGUGAAGAUCUAUACCCCGCUGUGUCUGACAGUUCCUGUAUAGAGAAUGCACUUCUCUCGGUGAAGGAUGACUGACUGGGAAGGAACCUUCUUCUGCACCCCAGACCUCACCUCACACCAGAUGUGUUGAUCUUUUGCCCUUGUGUUUUUUUCAGUACAAUGUCUGUUUUUAACUGAAGCUGUUUUAAAUCCAAGGACGUUUGCAAUGCAGGAUUUGGAGAUCUUUAUGCCUGGUUUUACUGUCCAGGCAGUUCUUGGUGCAGUCAAAUGUUCGCUAUCUGUGUGGGUUAUCAAAGACUGGCAGAAACAGACAUUUUGCUGGGUUGCUUAGGGCAGAACUGUUCCUACAUUUGCUUUGUAGAGUUUAAUGGGUAUUUGUGUUAUCACUGAAGAUGAGAACCAAAAUUCCUCAGUCUUACACAGAAAUUAAAUGGUAAUGUAUUUUGAGAUACUGGCACUGUUUUUGUUUUUUAUGGUGGGGGUUUUUAACUGUAAAUUACUGUGGCAUCAACCUGAGGCUUGCAUCACUCAGUUGAUUUGAUAUUGAUACGUUUUGCUAUAAACUCACAUUGCAUUAUUUUCUCAUGCUAUAUGAUGGAUCCUGUUGAUAGACAGUAAAUGUCAUACGUUAUAGCAAGCUGCUUCCUUUGACCUUUGUGUUCACUGUUUCACGACGGCGGACAAGAUUAUUUCCAUUUUUUUCCCUUCCCUUUUAUCUUUACAGAUAAAACUCUAGAUGCCAAAAGAAAACUCUGUUCUAGAAAAUGUGAAAUACAGAAAAAAAGAUUGCAAGUGGAAAUUCUUAGAAGAGUUCCCUUUUCUUAAAAAGCUUUUUCAAACUUCAUUGAGGCUUCACUUUGAUAUUCUAAUUAUUAUCUUGUACAUCUCUACCUGCCCUGUAAAUCUCCUCAAUCUGUACCUCCCUAGAUUUUUCUCUUAACUUCUGCAUCCCACUUUCUCAUCCUUUUCCAUGAAGGACCCUUUCACAGGGGUAUUUCCAGUGGUCUCUUUGCAAAGACCUGACUGCUACUGAACUUAAACACUUCGUGGUCUUUGGUAGCAUAUGCCAGAACUGGUGAGAUACGUAUCAUGUGAUGGCCUGACACCAGAGGCUGCCAGAUCGACUGGACCAUUUGAAGAUGUAGGGAAGGAAGGUUCAGAUGACUUCAUGGAUUGCAGAGAAUGGUGGACUGCUGGGAGAAGUAAAGGGGACUAUUUUGGAAGGAGGAGCCAGGGGGCUUCUGGACAACCAUGUGAAAGUAUCUGAGCAAUGAUUAGGAGGCAGGAUGAAAGAUUAAAUCCUCUUACACAGCCAGCUUCUUUGGAUUUGGUACGAUUAUAUUUUUUCCUAGAUCAGGUGGCCUGUCCCUGUGUGCAAAGGCCUACAAGUUUAAAAAAAAAUGGAUUUUGUUUUAUGAUGGACUAUUGCAGAUUUGCAAAUGUUUGACACUUUCAUUUUGCGUGCAAAGAAAUGACACAACUAUAAAGCUAUAAUACCAUGGCUCAUUAAACCCAAUCUUAGGCAUUAAAAUAGAUUAACUCUAGCAUUAGAAGUUCCUUCCUUUCAUCUUACUUUACUACUUGGCAUAUAAGCAGCAAGACUGUAUGGAGUUCAUGAAGUUUUUGUACAUGUGUAUGAAGUACAUGGGGUACUUAUUAAGAAUAUAUGCACUUACAGUAUGUCAAUUUGAAUCCUAUAGAAGUUAAGAGCUAGUAAGAGGAUAAGAACAAUUUCAUAUUAUCUGGAUGUUUGUCGUGAAGAUGAAAAAUACACUGUACCUAAUGCCCAUGCAAAGCAAAAUGGAUUUAAACUUUUUCUUCUUAACUGUCUCCCUUCCCCCCUCAUGCACUAACUGCAAUGUUGAGAGCUGCUGAAUCCAGAUUUUAGUCUUUUGAAAAAUGAGAGAAUCCAGAAGCUCAGUGCAAUAAAUAAAUGCUGUGGCUUUUAAAUUUACCUUAUAAUCUCUAAAUGAGAAGGUUUGCUGUUAUAAACAUUUUGCUGUGUUGUGAAAAAUGUUUCUUUGGCAGUAAUUGUAGCUAAUUUUUAAUUCUCAGGGUACUUUUGUUACAUAUGAAAUAAAAUUGCUUUCAAGAUUCACAGAA